AAAUAGUUGAACCCGCAAAUGUUUUCGAACUAGAGUCACAAGGAAUGUUAACUGGAAUUUUAACUUCUUCAUAUUCAGCAUUAUUGCUGACAUUCUUGUCUGGUUUUUCAGUUGAAGAAACAAUCCUGAUUUAUACACCGUUAAUGGUUCUAUUUUACGGACUAUUGUUUUUGUCAUUGGUUUUAACAGUUGUUUGGGGUCUUGUUCAUUAAAAAAGAUGUUCACCAGUAACAAUGUAUUGGCAUAAAGGAUCACAAGAACAAUCUGUUCCACAGACACCCCCAAUAUUCCAUGAACUGCCUGACAGAAGUACUUAUGACUCACCAUUUGCUACAGUUCCAGAUUACAGUGAUUUUGGUUUAAGUCAACAAAGCCAAGACAGCCAAGAAGCAAACGUUCCAGGAACACCAUUCAUUCAAUCAACAGUUCACAGUUUUCUUACACCUACCACACCAGUAAAUUUAAACAGGAGACCACAUCAUCAUGAAACACCUUUGCUUGAAAUUGUUCUGCUAAGAUCAGCAAGAAAGCAUACUAUUACAAGUUCAGAGCAGAGUUUAAGGCCAUAUGAUAGUCCAGGAACACCACAGCUUGAACAGACUGUGCCAUGCACACCGAAACGAAAUGUUGUAAUAAAUCCUUCAAGCAAUAUAAGAUUAUCACCUGUGAUGUCACCAUGCACACCUAAACAAAAUGUAGUUGUAAUGAAUCCUUCAAGCAACAUUAGACCUGUGAUGUCACCAACACCGAACAAAUGUGAAAACCUCAAUAUUUUUAAUGAUGACGAUGAAAUCUUUUUGAAAUAAAGUAGUAAAUUUUAUUUUUA